UCUGACGUCAAGACGUACGGUUUGAGCAUGCUUACUACGCCCGAACAUAAACAAAGGCAGGACGUUUCCCCGCAUUCAAAUCAGACCCAGCUUCAAUUUUAUAUGCUAACAAAUCCGAAAACUUGAAAAGCUUCAUAGAGCUGGAACCAUGGAAAACGCCUUGCUGAUGCGAGUUAGUGUCUUUACUGACCAAGGAGGCAGGAAAUACAUGGAAGACGUGACUGAGGUCAUAGUGGAGCCCGAGCCGGGGGAAGAUGAGCCGACGCCGGGUGAACAGGAGGCGGGUAAUGGGGGAGCUUUUAGCGUCAGCGUUACGGCUGUGGAUUCACAUCCAGACAUUAAAGAUGGAAAAGCCAAAACUGAGCAGCUUACAGAAUUAUCAAGUGAACGAGUUCGAACUGCAGAAAAACACAUUUUUGAGGAAACCAUUUCACCGGGAAGCGAGUGUCCACCUCGAGAUCAAGCCAGUACCUCCGGUCGCUCCCGCCGUUCCGUGGCGUUCUUCGCGGUGUUCGAUGGCCACGGGGGUAGCGAGGCUGCGCAGUUUGCGCGAGACUGUUUAUGGGAAUACAUAAAGAAACAACGCGGGUUCUGGUCCAACUGUGACCGGGAGGUCUGCUCAGCUAUACGCAAAGGAUUUGUAGCCUGCCACCAUGCUAUGUGGAAGAAGCUACCUGAAUGGCCAAAAACUCUCACAGGGCUUCCUAGUACAUCAGGCACCACAGCCAGUGUUGUAGUGCUCAGAGGAAACCGCAUGUAUGUGGCUCAUGUCGGCGAUUCAGCCAUAGUUCUGGGUGUCCAGGAUGAUCCUUCAGUUCCAUUCAUCAAAGCUAUCGAAGUGACCCAGGACCACAAGCCUGAAUUACCCAAAGAGAGAGAACGUAUCGAAGGUCUUGGAGGGAGUGUGAUCAAGAAGUCAGGAGUGAACCGUGUGGUCUGGAAGAGGCCCAGACUCAGUCACAAUGGUCCAGUUCGUCGGAGCACCAUUAUUGACCAGAUACCUUUCUUGGCUGUUGCUCGAGCUUUAGGUGAUUUGUGGAGUUAUGACUUCUACAGUGGAGAGUUUGUGGUUUCUCCUGAGCCAGACACCAGCGUUGUGAUUCUUGACCCUCGAAAACACCGCUACAUUGUCCUGGGGAGUGAUGGUCUGUGGAAUAUGGUGCCACCUCAAGAGGCCAUCUCCAUGUGUCAGAAGAACGAUGAGGAAAUGGUACCAUGUGGUGUAACAAGUGCCAGGCAGCUUGUGAGCCAUUCGUUGCUGCGGUGGCGCCAACGAAUGUUACGUGCUGACAACACCAGUGCCAUUGUGAUUGCCCUGCUGGAACCUGGGGGCUCCAAAGAAACAUUCCACAAUGAAGAGGUGCUACUGGACCUGGCCAAAGUGUCCCAGUGUCCUCCUACAUCUAUAUCCCGUGCAGACACUCCGCUACUACCGCAGCAACCCCCAGAUGAAGACUCUACCUCUGCCAUGUCUGAGCUGUUCCCUGCUCUGGAGCGACAGGAUGGACUAUCUGGAAGCAACAGUUUCUACCACAUGACUCUGUCGGACCCUUUUAGUCUGUCACCUCUAUGUUCAAACAGCACCAUGGACUCGCCCAGUCACUCCAGUCUAGCUGACAGAACAGUAACCAGGAAGACAUCCACCAAAAGAACUCUGAAUGGAUCCCCUUCGUCAGGCCUUUUGGCAAAGAAGGCUAAACGCAGAACUGACAGGCCACCGCUGGUCCAGCACAACACUGAGGAGAAACAGAAGGAGUCUGUCUCUCCCAUUCUACAGCAGCAUAACAAGACCACAGUGUGUGUCUGCUGAAAAGACACACCAGCUGUUAUCUUUGUCUCCUAUGGCUUCCUGUUUGGGAUGAUUGCACCUCUGACAUUGUCAGAGCAACCUUUGUUAAAGGUUGUGCUAAGUGUUUAAUCAAAUCCCACUUAAAACGUUUUCUUAUCUGAUUUUUGAUUCCUAAAAUGCUAGUGAAGCAGUAUCGACGCUGAGGGAGAGGGACGCUUAUAUCAGAAUGUUGGGCUGCAGCCAGUUCACCAUAAACAUUCUUGGCCUUACUGUGGUGGAGAACCUAUGUUUGCUCCUAAAGCCAUUUCCAAUACAAAUGGCUUUCUUAACCUUCAGUGUUUGGUAUAUUGUGGAAAAGUCACUUAUUAAAAUAUGAAUUGAAGAGAAUUUAUUUUAAACUGAAGUACACCCAUUAGAUCUCCUUCUAAAUCCUGCAUAUUCAAAUGUAAAUUCCAGCUUGUGCUACCACAAUGUGUGGUAAUAAGUAGAAGAACUGGGUAUGCAUAAUGUUGCUGGUGUAAAUAUUAUGAAUUUUAUAGCUGAGUAUUUAAGUAUGUAGAACUGUUUAUGCAAAAUGAAUCUAUUUUUAUACAUUCUUUUAUUGUGUGAUAGAACAUAAAAUUCCUUCUAGAUGUGCACACCCCACAGCUUCCAUGUUAAAUGGACCUUGAGUUUUGACAUGUAUUUUAUUUAAUCACUGAAAACUUAUCUUGAAUAUAAACAGAAGGUGCUACUACAGUAAACAAAUCAGUAAGCUAGUACUCUGUAUAUUUAUAUGAAUUGUUAGUGUGUGACAAUGUUCGUUUUUCUUAUACAUGUUAAACUCUUGAUAAAUAUUGCAUCAUUUAGGAAUAUUCCAUCAUAUAUUUUAUAGUUGUAUUUAGUAACAGUUUUCAGCUGUUUGGUGUGUUUAUUCUAGACAUUUGCCUGUUCUCCAAAACUGUCUUCUGUUUCUAUUUGCAGAUGUUGGCAAUUCUGCCUUAGCAGAUUUUUGCAACUGGUAGAUCUGUUUUUGUAGCUGCAAAAACAGCUACAAAAGGAAAUUUAGAGUGAUGUCAUGUUCAAAGUCAUGGGAGUCUCAUGAAAUCAGUGGAAUCUGUUUACGAGAAUAUGUAAAAUCAGAAUUGCAAAAUAAGUGUGUGCAAUAUUCACGUCACCAAGAACUGUUUAGAAUGCAAUCAGUUAGGAUUUAUUUCUAGUGUCAUAAAUCUCAAUUUUUCUCAGUAAUAUAAUAUUCAAUCAGUUUGGCAGUCUUAUAGCACCAGAUGUUCCUACUGGACACUAAUGACAUUGCCCAAAAAUGCUAAAGGUCACAGAAUGAUGGAAACAGAGAUGAGACGGAGAGGAAAGUAGAAAUUGGGCAUAUAUGACAACUAGUUAUAUAUACUAGUUAUCGUAAUAUUAUCAGUAGCCCAAGAUUUUCCCAUAUUGUGCAGCCAUAGUUCUGACUGGAGAUGGGUAUGAGCAUGAUUGUCAGGACUAAGACCCUCCUCCUGCCUCUAAAAGGAUGUUUCUAGUUAUUACUGAGAGGAGCUCAAUUAUUUUUUUUACAGAUUAUCUGUCUUAUACUAUAAAGACAGUUAUCAAAUAUGUCAAUUUUCUUUUUUAAUAGUUACUGCAGCUUUAAUGUUGAUUUAAUAUUUGGAAGUGUGGCUAACAGACUGAAUGACUUCCUUCACUUCCUCCUCUGUCAAACUACAGUGGUAGGCAGACUGCAGUUCUUAAAUGGUACAGAAACUACAUCACCAUUCACAACUGCUCCUUUUUGACUGGCCUGGUUAAAAUCCACUUCAAUAAGAGAAAUCCAAUAUAGAGCACUGAAGGGAGAUGAGAAUUAUGUGGAAUUAAGCAGGAAGGCAAUUGCCAGGCUAAGGGGGACUAAGGCAAAUUAAUUUCUUUGAUAAAAGAUACAAAUCUGAGUUUGUGGCAGGGAUGUGAAGCACCUGACGAAGCAUCCUUGUUACAGACGUGAAGUUCUACAGAAGCCAAGCCCUUUUGUCUUGAGCAUUGGUGUAAAAUUAUUGUAAAAAAAAUCAAGCUGAACAGAAUGACCAAUACACAAGACUUAUGAAUCUCCCAAACCCUGUUUGAUGUUGCAUGUUUUUUUUCUGCUAAUCUUUAUGUUUGACUCAUUCUGUAGAUAUAUACAUUCUGUUGUCUGGUUUUGGGUCUGUUGAUUCAUAUCUGUAAUUUUAUUCUUGAAAAAUGCUUAUGAAAUGCCAUUUUUCCACUUCCAACCCUAGUUUUAAAAGCUGUUGUGCAUGUGUACAGUGUAAAUGUGGAGAAAAGCAAAACCACUUAUUCCAGAAAUGAACUUAUUAAAAUAAUUUUUCCUGAAGUUAAAUAAUAAAUUUUCUCUUGUA